AUGCUCACUACUUUGUUUUAUAAACAAUUACCGGUAUUAACCACUACCGCUACUACUACUUCAAGCUAUUCUUUCAUCAGAUUAUCAUCUACAUUGGCAACACCACCUCAUUCAACAACAACAACAACACUGUCACCCUCUUUCCAUCAACCAAAACAACCUCAACAAUUUAUCACUCCAAAUACUUCAGUAUUUGAUAUAUCAACAAAAAUUUAUACUCAACAAGGUAUAGAUAAUAAUAACGACACAAACUUUCUCACUAAAGCACCUUAUCCACACCCAGUAUUUCCUCAAGAUGAAUGUGAGAAUGUAACAGUUACUCAUAGAGAAACAAAAACUUUAGUUGAUAAGAUUUCGUUCCGUAGUAUUCAAUUUAUGCGUCAAUGCUUUGAUCUUGUUACUGGAUACGCGGUUCCCAAAACAAAUAAUCCUGAUGAAUUUAAAGGUACUCGUUGGGAAAUGACCGAAGGAAAAUGGUUAACUCGGUGUAUAUUUUUAGAAUCAGUUGCUGGUGUGCCUGGAUCAGUAGCAGGAUUUCUUCGUCAUUUACAUUCAUUAAGAAUGUUACGAAGAGAUAAAGCAUGGAUUGAAACUUUACUUGAUGAAGCAUAUAAUGAAAGAAUGCAUUUAUUAACAUUUAUUAAAAUUGGUAAACCUAGUUGGUUAACAAGAUCAAUUAUUUAUAUUGGUCAAGGUGUUUUCACUAAUGUAUUUUUUUUAUUAUAUUUAUUGAAUCCUAGAUAUUGUCAUCGAUUCGUUGGUUAUUUAGAAGAAGAAGCAGUAAGAACUUAUAGUCAUUUAUUAGAUGAAAUGGCUAUUCCUGGCAAAUUACCAAGUUUUGAAACCAUGAAAAUCCCAGAAGUGGCAAUUCAAUAUUGGCCAGAAUUGACUUCUAAAUCAAGUUUUAAAGAUUUAAUUUUAAGAAUUAGAGCUGAUGAAGCUAAACAUAGAGAAGUCAAUCAUACUUUUGCUAAUUUAGAACAAAAAACUGAUCGUAAUCCAUUUGCUUUAAAAAUUGAAGGUUUAAAUCAACCUCAACCUAAUCAUGGGAUAAAUGUAAUGAGACCAACUGGUUGGGAAAAACAAGAUUUACAAUUAUAA